AAAAGGGUAUACUACUACCCAAUAACUCCGGACUAUUCUCAGAAAACGUUCCCCUUCCUUCCGCGCUAAAAUAUUUUUCAUAGGAAUUCUAUGCUGUCCAUGUGUGGCAUAGCAAGGGUUAAUGCAGUUCUGCACUUCUUUUUGAAACUACAGAAUAAAGACUUCUGAAUAUUUUAGGAAAGGUUUAAGAAAAAAAUAAAACAGAGGAUAAUUGUGCAGCAAAUGAUGGAAAAAGUUUCUACAGAGUUAGUUGAGUCUGAUGAAAUGGCUUGCUUAGAUAAACUUGCUAGUGUUUCAUCAUCGGUCAGAGCUUCUACAAUGGCUCCGAACAUGAGCACUUUGGAAGAAGAGCUUGGAGUUAACACACAUCUGUCUUCGAAAAUCUUCAUCACUGUUGUUUACACUGUGAUCUUCUUUGUGGGGACCAUUGGCAAUAGUUUGACAAUAUACGUGGUUAUAAAGAAGAACAGUAUACAAAACCUUCACAGUACUGUACAUUAUCACCUGGUCAGCUUAGCAUUAUCAGACUUACUGAUCCUUAUCAUCAGUAUCCCGAUCGAGCUGUAUAACUUUAUUUGGGUGCAUUAUCCAUGGAUAUUUGGGGACUUAGUUUGUCGGGGAUAUUACUUCCUAAGGGACCUCUGCUCCUAUGCUACAAUUCUAAACAUAGCUAGUUUAAGUUUUGAGAGAUAUCUAGCCAUCUGCCGUCCCAUCAGAGCCAAAAGAAUUAUGUCAAAAAGCAGAACCAAAAAACUAUUGUCUGUUGUAUGGCUGUCUUCCCUAUGCUUUGCGUGUCCAAUGGCUUUUAUAAUGGGCGAAAAGUACGGGAUCGAGAUGAAUGGACAGUCGAACCCUUCUUCUCGAAUUUGUACAACUGUGGUGUCCAGCACCACCAUCAAAGUGUUUAUCCAGGUGAACGUUUUUGCAUCCUUCCUGCUGCCGCUGUCCGUUAUCUCGGUGCUGAACUCCCUAAUCGCCAAUCGUUUAAUGAAGCUGGUAGAGGGAGCCCAGCUUAACGCAAUCCCUUUCAACAGCCUGCGGAGAAAAGUGGAAACUAAAGGGAAAGGGGUCUCGCAGACCAAAUAUAAGAAGAACAAAAACAGUCAGAAUACUGCAGAGGACAAUGUACACACAAGUAGUAGAAAGCUACCUCCGGCAAAAGACGAGCGAGAAGACUUUUCUGCAGAUAGGAGGAGCAGUCUAACGGUCUCUUGUGAGCCAAACCGUUUCCAAACCCUUCAGCACAGUGUGCGCGUCCUCAGGGCUAUUGUGAUUGCCUAUGUUAUAUGCUGGCUGCCAUAUCAUGCUCGUAGAUUAAUGUACUGCUAUGUCCCAACGGAUUCCUGGUCAGACUUCCUGUAUACCUUCUACCACUACUUUUACAUGUUGACUAACACCCUCUUCUAUGUGAGCUCUGCAGUAAAUCCAGUUCUUUAUAAUGUGGUCUCAUCUACCUUCCGGAAGCUUUUCUUUGAGACUCUGGCAUACCUCUGUAAAUCCAAAAGGCAAGUCAUGAAAUCUCCACAAGCAGCUCAAAGGUCACAGAGUAUCAAGAGUAACAUGACCGUAUUAAGUUCACAAACUACAGAAAUUGUUUACUAGAUCAUAGAAGAAGUCAGGCUUCUUCACCAGGAUAACAAACUAAAACAAGCUUAAGAGAAUAUAUCAGUUAAAGCAAAUGAAAAUAGAACUAUGUCUACAAGCAUUAUUCUGUUCUAAGUGUUUAAUACAACUGAUACAAACAUGCAAUGAAUGAAAAUUACAUUGUUUAUGCAGAAUUCAAAUUUCAGUCUUUUUUAAAAAACAGAUGUGAUUUACUAAAAAAAGGGUGCACGGAGUCCUAGGCAUCAAACAAGAGUAGUGAAU